GUCUUCGGAGACACCAUGGACUCAAUCCAGGAGAGUAUCGAGGGCAUCCAGACUCAGGUGGGCAACACCAACAUGGCGCACCACCAGCUCGUGCAUAUGACCAUCCAGAUCGGCGCGGCCGUCCAGGUUAUCGCCCACUACAUGAACAUGAACUUGCCGAUCCAGGGGGUCCAGCAGGUCGAGAGCAGCGUGAGCGACGGAAGCGAGGAGGCUGCUGCGACUACGACCCUCGACACUGGGAGUACCACCUUGCCGACGACCACUCCGAUGGCAAGGAUGACCAUCGAGGGCCAGGGCGAGACGGAACAGGUGCUACCAGACCCUACCGGGUCCGGCUUGUGGGGGCUGAUCU